GACAUUAAAAAUUUAUUCAAUAACUAUAUAAUAUCCUGUAAAUAUAAUCUGAAAAGCCAUAUUAACUUUUAAUUAAACAUAAUGGUAUGGACUUGCAAUGCUACUGAUACAAUAAGUCUCAAAAAGCCAACGUAAGUAUAUUAUCGUAUAAUAAGAAAAAUAUAUAAGUAACUAUUGAGAAGCACAGAAAAUUCAUGAUUUUAUUAGAGCUUUAGAUAAAGUAAUUGAGAGUAUUCCCAAACCAAAGGGGGCUAUUCCCAAUUUUGGAUUACCAAAAUGGAAAGUAAUGCCUUUGGAAUCAAAGAUUCCAAUGGUACCUGGGCCAGAAGGUGCCUAUAACUUUACACGUCGUAAAAUAGGAAAAAAAUUGUGGACCAGUUCAUCGGAUGCAGAAUUUAAUUUAUAUGACCCAUACUGUCAUGAAAUCAAAUUUACAUAUGAUUCUUUGCAUGAUGAGCAUUUGGUACCUUUUUUUUCCAAAGCGAAUAAUAUUAAACAUUUACUAAAAGCUGGAUUAAUUACACGCAACUUGGAAGGAAAAUGUUCUUUAAAGGAUUAUAACAUGUACAGAAAAUAUUUAAGAAAUUUACAUAUUGACAGCAUUAAACGUGAACUAAGAGAAAGGACACGACUUUCUCAUGAAAAACAGAUAUUAGAAUAUGCUGAAGAGCAAGCACAAAAUGAAGUGAAAAAAUUAGAGAAAAGAGAAAAAUUAAUGGAGGCACGUAAGAAAAUAUGGAAAGCACGUAAAUUGCAAGAGGAAGAAAAAAUUCAAGAGCAAAAAGAAAAAGCAAGAAAAUUGAAAGAAAGAAUGAAAUUAUUAAAAAUUACAAAACAUGAGGAACAAAUGAUGCGUGCUGCAAAGGCAAAGGCACGUUCCGAAAGUAUAAAACAAAAGCAAAAGUUAGCAGCUGAAAUUGAGCAGCAAAAGAAAAUUCAUACAUUGGUAGAUUGGCGUAAGAAAGAACACAUACGUAAAAAAGCAAGAGAAGCAAGAUUGAAACAUGAUCGAGAACAAAAGAUUAUGGCUAUUGAAGAGAAAUGGAAAUUAAGACAUGAAUCGCAAAAAAAAGAUAUUGAGAAAGAACAAUUUCUAUUUGAUUGUAUUAGUAAUCAACGUGCAAUAUUUAUAAAGAAAUAUAAUGAAAAGAUAGAAAAGGAGAAAGAACGAAUGAAUAAACUUUUACAAAAAACGAGAAUAUUUGUAAGAUGUUAUAUGGCACGGCGUUUGCCAAAAGGAAAAGAAAGAAUUUGCUGUAGAAGCUAUCAUGGUGAUCAGGUGAAAUUUAAAUUGCUUCUUUGCUUAAUAAAUCUAUCUAUAUAAAUUAUAUAUGCUUAACAGAAACCUGAAGAUAAAAGUAAUAAAAAAUUGUCAACGAUAUCUACAACUCCUUUGAUGUUUUCAAAAGACAAGGAAACAAAG